UGUAGACACACAGUUAUCAGUGCGCUAUCAGCGGAACAAUUUACUCUGCUCCAGACCGCCGCCACAGCAGCCUGUAAAAGCACAAUCCACAAUCCGUAGCUAGCCAUGAUUACGAUUAAGUGUAAAGACACCAAUCUGGAUCCCCUUCCGAUCAAGAUUGGGAUCAUUGGCGGUUCGGGGCUGGAUGACCCCGAUAUCCUGGAGCAGCGGCAGGAGCGCGUGGUGGAGACGCCCUAUGGAGAACCAUCGGAUGCCCUGAUCGAGGGCGAGAUCAAUGGAGUCCAGUGCGUGCUCCUGGCGCGACAUGGACGCAAGCACGACAUUAUGCCCUCAAACGUUAAUUACAGGGCCAACAUCUGGGCUCUGCGCGAUGUGGGCUGCACCCACUUGAUUGUGUCCACCGCCUGUGGCUCCCUGCGCGAGGAAAUCAAGCCGGGCAACCUGGUGGUGCCGCACGAUUUCAUCGACAGGACCACGAAACGCCUGCAGACCUUCUACGACGGCAAGGCCCAAAGUCCACGUGGCGUCUGCCAUUUGCCCAUGUUUCCGGCCUUCAGCGAACGCACCCGCAACAUCCUCCUCCAGGCGGCCAAGGAGCUGGAGAUUCCCGCCCACGAGAAGGCCACCAUUGUGACCAUCGAGGGACCGCGCUUCUCCUCGCGCUCCGAGAGUCACAUGUUCCGCCAGUGGGGCGGCGACCUCAUAAACAUGACCACGUGCCCAGAGGUUGUCUUGGCCAAGGAGGCCGGUCUGCUCUACGGAUCGGUGGCCAUAGCCACGGACUACGACUGCUGGCGCAUGGGCUGCGAGGGUGUCAACGUGCAGGAUGUCCUGCGCACCUUUGCCGAGAACGUGAUCAAGGUAAAGAAGAUCCUGGUCAACGCUGUGGGCCGGAUUGCCAAGGAGGACUGGUCGGAGGACAUACUGAAUGCCAAGCAAUGCGUUUGCAACAACACCAUGUCCGGGGCCAUGUGACGUUUUAUAAAACUGUGCCACGAUAUAACCGAAGAAACGCUGAUUCGCCGCAAGAUAUAUGUUCCACCGUUCUACCAGCAGUUCCACAAAAAGCGCGGGCCCAAAGUCCACUCCAUAUCCAUUACAUACGAAUUGGAUCCGGAGGACACCAGGCGGCCCAACACUCUAAAAACUCCAUUCAAAUGUGAAACUGUAACGUCCGCCACGGCGUCGCAGUAGAAAUAUACAUAUGUAACUACA